AAAAUUACACCAGCGCUUGUGCGGAGACAAAACGAAGUCACCAAUGUCACCAUUGUCAGCUGUCAAAUGUCAAAAUAAAAACAGUGUUACGAUAUUUACUGGCGUUCUUUAACUUAUUAUUUAAAUCUUACAAUGAAUAACAUGAAUCAAAUGAACUUGCACGUUCCUUUAAACCCAGUGGGGGCGGCUCCUAACGUCGGAGUCGGUGUUGGUAUGCCAAUGCCAGUAGCUGGUGCCAUCAUGCAACAACCUUCCCCUCAGCAUGCUCAGCAAAUGCAGCCAGCAAUGGCACAGCCGCCUCAGCAGGAUAAAAUGGAUAAUAUCUCUAAAGUCAAGACGCUCAUGAGCUCUCUCCGCGAGUCGAUACCUAUGACUCUUAAAUCAGCAGCACAAAUUUUGCAUCAGAAUCACAAUAUAGACUCCAAUUCACAAAAAGGUAUUGAUGCCCCGGUGCCGCGGUUUGAUAAGAAUUUGGAAGAAUUCUUUAGCCUUUGUGAUCAAAUGGAGUUACAUUUGCGCACGGCGAUAACGUGCAUCGAGCAACAGCAGUCGGCGGCGCACUACCUGCCGUCGCCCGUGCACCCCGUGCGCCUCGACUCCGGGCCCAGCGCGGAGAGCACGCUGAGCUACCCACAGUACCUGAACACAGUGCGGCUGCAGAUCUCCUACGCCAAGGACAUCCACGACACGCUGGUGGCCGCCGCGCAGACCGAGUGGCUCAAGAAGAACUAGCUCUGUACAACCCCACUAGCAAGUAAGAUUACCUACCGUUAAAAUAUACUUAAUUUAAGAAUAAUAUUAAACAUAUUUUUUACAAAAUGAGACGCCUAUCAAUUAUUAUUCAAUAGUCUAGGACGGGCA